CCCAAGGAGCCACCGCAGUGGCCCAGAGUCUCGGAAAGCUCGUGAAUUUGAACCAUGUGGAGCUCAACUUCGAUGACAACAGCCUCGGAGACCCAGGAGCCACCGCAGUGGCCGAGAGUCUCGGAGACCCAAGGAGCCACCGCAGUGGCCAAGAGUCUCGGAAAGCUCGUGAAUUUGAACCAUGUGGUGCUCAAUUUCGCCUUCAACAACCUCGGAGCCCAAGGAGCCACCGCAGUGGCCGAGAGUGUAGGAAAGCUCGAGAAUUUGAACCAUGUGGUGCUUAAUUUCGAGAACAUCGGCCUCGGAGCCCAAGGAGCCACCGCAGUGGCCCAGAGUCUCGGAAAGCUCGUGAAUUUGAACCAUGUGCAGCUCAACUUCAAUGGCAACAGCCUCGGAGACCAAGGUCGGCGGGCAUUGAAGUCGCUUGAGGAGCAGGUCGCCGCGCGCUGCAGCAUUAAAGUAUAGUAACAUAAUUCGCACUGCAGCUUCCAUGUAGCUUAGUUUCGCAUAGCUUCGCGUGGACAACUCACGUUGUUUCACCGCGUUUCACUUGUCGCAUGAAAA